AUGGUGAUAAUGCUCCUGAUCAUGAACGUGGAGUCACUGACAAUACUUGCAGUACUAGCGAGAGCUACGUCCUCUUCGCAGGAACGAUACCCGAAAGAUCGCGCUCAGCAUGGAGGGAAGAUAAAACCCGUCUCGGACUCUCAGCUGCCGGGGAGAGCUUCAAUUAAGCAAAAAUCAUCAACCUUUGGAUUGGGCGGGCCCAGACUCGUCCAGCAGUCGCUAAUAAGACGACAAAGACCCAAAUUCGCCUACGAAUCCGAUAUCCAAGUAUCGCGGGGCGCUCCGUCAACCGUCUGGCCAACAGACAAUGCACAUUACACUGGCCGUUGGCUAGCUGUGAAGCACGGAUACAGAGUAAGACUCGGGAAGCCUAAUGACCAUUUACCGCUUUCCUCCGGCAUCGCUCGACCCGCCAGUCACAACAAUAACAACCCCGAGAACAGGUAUGAUCAACAGAGCCCGCCUCAGAGUGCUCCACAGGAUACAAUGCAUGCCGUUCCUUUGUAUGAUCCUGCACCUGCGGAAGACUCGAAGUGA